CAAAGCGUUUCCCUGCAGAGUUUGAGUCCUGCAGCGUCGCAGUCCCAGACCCCGUUGCGUUGGCAAUCGCCAUGCUGUCACCGGAGGCGGAGCGGGUGCUGCGGUACUUAAUCGAGGUGGAGGAGCUUGCCGAGGAUGUGCUGGCGGACAAGCGGCAGAUUGUGGAUCUAGACACCAAAAGGAAUCAGAACCGAGAGGGUCUGAGGGCCUUACAGAAGGAUCUCAGCCAUUCUGAAGAUGUGAUGGUUUGCUUCGGGAGUAUGUUUAUCAAGAUGCCUCACACUCAGACAAAGGAAAUGAUUGAGAAAGAUCAGGACCACCUGGAUAAAGAAAUAGAUAAACUCCGGAAACAACUUAAAGUGAAGGUCAAUCGCCUCUUUGAGGCCCAAGGCAAACCGGAGCUGAAGGGUUUUAACCUGAAACCCCUCAACCAGGAUGAACUUAAAGCUCUCAAGGUUAUCUUGAAAGGAUGAGAAUCAUGUAUCAAGAAGGGGGACCUGUGACCAAUGUCCCCACUUCAAGAAGACCCAGGACCCUCCAACCUUGAGACCUGUAAGGACAGGAUUGGUCCUGGAUGUGACUAUGGCUCUUUUUCUGUUGUGCUUGGCUGCUCUAUAAUAGCAGGAGGGAUUCCUCAGCCCAUCCUUAUCUGCCUGGCCUGGCCACCAGGGCUCAGUGGACACUAUUGACAGGCCCUGGCAGCUGCUAGUGGGAGUGUAGGGGUGUGAGAAUGACUACAGCAGGCACUUCUCAACGGUGGCCUGCUGUCAUAUGGGCCCAAGCAGGGAAAGAGGGAGUGGAGUGGGGCAGGAGCUUCAUUCCAAGGUUUUCUGUUCCUCUCAAAGGAGAGAGGCAUUUUCAAACAGUAUGUGUGAUGGAAUUGGAGUAAAGCAGGAGGCUUGCAGAUGGCUUCUACAUGAAGCACAAACCGUUAGUGCUCUGUGUUCACCACAACCAUCUAUAGGACAGACACAUUUUCCCCACUGCCUCCAGUUUCUUGCUGCUUUUCCAAAGUGGGUAUUGCUUAUUGACUGACCCCUGUGGCUGCUCUUUGGUCAAGAGACCUAGCGCAGUCCUGCCCAGAGAAGGACAAGCAGGGUUCCCUCCUAACAUGUUACUCAUGUUGAGUGCCCUCUACCACCUUGAAACCAGGGCCUGGCCAGUCAAGCUGCCCUGAGUCCUUGCUGCCUUUCUUGGUCUGAGAUCCUGGUGUGAAUGCUGUGAGGAUAGAACUGCCCUUUGUGUUCAUUGAGGGCUCAAUAAAUGUUAGCUGAGUGAACGAACAGCUUCUCGUCACCUCCUUCAGUCCUCCUUUUAGAAUACCACCUCUGAAAUAAUACUAGGACUGGAUAGGUCAUAAGUGGUAAAAUGGGAGAGACACCUCGCCUCCUGUUCCCCUCACCGGACUUAGCUUUGG